GGAGGGUUUCACUGAUUGGUUGACAGCUACAAACCCGGUAGUAGAAACAAAGCGGUCGUUUUUUGCUUUUAGUAAUGGGGGAAAAAAACAUCUGAGCAGAACCGAGCCACAAGCUAAUAUUUUGCAGCAGUGAUCAUGGAGAAACCUCUCCUUCCCAGGGAAUCUGGGCGAUUUGUGGCACAGCACAGUCGAGACGUUUUUAUCGAGGAAGCUGGAGUGCAGAAGGUAGCAGAGAUGCUCUACGGCCUCAGACACAGUGACGUCCUGACAGCUAGUGGCUGGAAGAUGGCCAAUCCUCUGGCUCCAGCACCAGGCUCUGAUCAGGCGUUAAACUGGGUAUUUGUUGUCGAUACCAUGAACUUCUCCUUCUGGCCAGAGAACGGGGCACAGCAGUGUGAGGUGACCUAUAAAGGCACCACUUACACUGGCUACAUGACCCUAUGUGCUGCCAUCACCAGAGCCAUGGAAGAAGGCGUUCCCAUCACUGAUCCCAAAUACUUUUCCCAGAUGAGUGUGGAGGAGUUGGAACACGUUCUCCGAUCAGACAAUGACACGGGCAUGCCGAUGCUUCAGGAACGUCACCAGGUCCUCGCUGAAGGCGGCCGCGUGCUGCUGGAACACGGAGGAAGUUUCCGCAGUUUUAUCAGCCAGGCUGGAAACGACGCUCGGAAGAUGGUGGAGCUUAUUGUGGAGAAGAUCCCAUCCUACAGGGAUGAAGCUACCUAUGAGGGCAAAAGGAUCUCCCUCUACAAGCGAGCCCAGAUCUUAGUAGCAGAUUUCUGGGGUGUGAUGGAAGCCAGAGGAGAGGGUGACAUCAUCAACAUGGACUGGCUCACCAUGUUUGCAGACUACAGGGUCCCUCAAGCACUCGUGUAUUUGGGAGUGCUGCGAUACUCUGAUGCACUGAUGCAGGCGUUGAAGAACGGUGAGCUGCUACCUUCAGGGGAUCGGAGGGAGGUCGAGAUCCGAGGAUGUUCGAUUUGGUCUGUGGAGCUGAUCAAAGAAAGUCUGCAGAAGCUUAUCCAGGAGAGAGACGGAGCAGUCAGCAGCAUUAACUCUGCUAUCAUUGACUUCUACCUUUGGCCUUUUGCUAAGCAGCACCACAAAGAGAUGGCCCACAUUCCCAUUCACCACACACGCUGCAUUUACUACUGAUCUAAGCAGAGUAUUGUGACAGGCUUCAUUUUCUGCUGUAAAAUAAACUUUGAUUCAAUAAAACUG